AUGAGAGGAGCAGACGUUAAUUCCGACUACCACAUGUUACUAGCCAAAGUGAAAAUCAAACUGGCAAAGAAUGCAAAAAUUGAGAAAAUGAAAUUAAAGUACAAUGUAGACAAACUGAAAAACCUGACUGAUAAGGACAUAUUCCAAUUAGAACUGAGGAAUAGAUUCAGUGCACUAUACAGCGAGGAUCAAGAACUAGAUAUUGAGGGUAAUGUGGAUUCAUUGGAAUUAGCCAACGGGGAAUCCAAUGUCAUUACUUUGGAGAGUGGACAACAAACAUCCAUUCGUCUGGUGUUUCAUGCUACCAGUGUCUCUUCGUAUUCGUUUUCAGCUGUUUUGGAUAUUGGAAAAGCUCUGGAUAACUCCUCAGCUACCAUAAAUAGUUCAAAUAUGACGAUUCUCUACGUCAUCCAGGCAUCCUACAUGAUGGAAUUGAGUUAUGGGGAGUACAACGUCAAUUUUACGUUAACCUGCGAUGAAGAUUCAGUUACAAAAAAUAUGGUUUUGGUAUACGAAGAAAGAAUAUCAGGUUUUAUGAUCACAACCAAUUCUCCAAAAUUUCUAGUGAAUACAGAAGGAAUCAUUGAGGCCUCAAUUUCCAGUGGAUCGAACGUACUUAUUGAAUGGACAUGGGACACAAAUCAUUCUUGUAUCUAUGAUUUGAAUGGAAAUGGAUCUCGAUCAUUCAGCAUUAAUCUGAACUUUACAAAACUGGGAGAAUUCAACGUAUCGUUUAGUGCCAACAAUGGAAUAUCAAAUUAUUUCACGUUUGUCGUUGUGGAGGUUUCACACGGCGUUAGUGUACAGUGUCCAUUUUUGUCCUGGGUAAGCGAAGAAGCAAACAUUACAAUAAAAAUGUUGCCCUCCUCGAACUUACAGGAACCUAUUCAGCGAAGGUUGACUUAUGGAGACGGCAGCGAUGCUGACAUAGCCGAUCUGUCAAGUUCGCAUAUGCGAACUUCUGGAAUGGUAUCCACUAAGCGAUAUACAGAUGUUGGAAAUUUCACAGUUUCAGCUCUCUUUUUUACUGAAGCAGGCGAUUUCAAUCUCACAUGCAAAAUUCUCGUCUGUGAAAAAAUAAAUGCUUCACUUAGUUUUGACAGUUACACAAAUGACAACCCGGUAGUAUUUCAUUUUAUAAACAAACCAAGAUUUAAUUUUGACUAUGCUGUGGACUUUGGAAACGGAGUUUUAAGAGAGAGCACAGACACGGUCUUAAAUGAGCCAUACAACAUUCAGCCGUUUACCCAUACUUACAACGAUUCUGGAGUCUACAACAUUACAUCUACCAUUUGCACUGAAUGCACUUGCAUUACGAACAGUUACAUCAUCAAUAUCCUUUGUAAUGUGGAUUCAUUGGAAUUAGCCAACGGGGAAUCCAAUGUUAUAACUUUAGAGAGUGGACAACAAACAUCCAUUCGUCUGGUGUUUCAUGCUACCAGCGGCUCUUCGUAUUCGUUUUCAGCUGUUUUGGAUACAGGGAAAGCUCUGGAAAAUUCCUCAGCUUCCAUAAAUAGUUCAAAUAUGACGAUUCUCUACGUCAUCCAGGCAUCCUACAUGAUGGGAUUGAGUUAUGGAGAGUACAACGUCAAUUUUACAUUAACCUGCGAUGAAGAUUCAAUUACCAUGAAAAAUAUGGUUUUGGUAUACGAAGAGAGAAUAUCAGGUUUUAUGAUCACGACCAAUUCUCCAAACUUUCUAGUGAAUACAGAAGGAAUCAUUGAGGCCUCAAUUUCCAGCGGAUCGAACGUACUUCUUGAAUGGACAUGGGACUCAAAUCAUUCUUGUAUCUAUGAUUUGAAUGGAAGUGGAUCUCGAUCAUUCAGCAUUAAUCUGAACUUUACAAAACUGGGAGAAUUCAACGUAUCGUUUAAUGCCCAUAAUGGAAUAUCAAAUUAUUUCACGUUUGUCGUUGUGGAGGUUUUACACGGGGUUAGUGUAGAGUGUCCAUUUUUGGCUUGGCUUAGCGAAGAAACAAACAUUACAUUUAAAAUGUUGCCUUCGUCGAACUUACAGGAACCUAUUCAGCGAAGGUUGACCUAUGGGGACGGCAGCGAUGCUGACAUAGCCGAUCUGUCAAGUUCGCAAAUGCGAACUUCUGGAAUGGUAUCCACGAAGCGAUAUACAGAUGUUGGUAAUUUCACCGUUUCAGCUCUCUUUUUUACUGAAGCAGGUGAUUUCAAUCUCACAUGCAAAAUUCUCGUCUGUGAGAAAAUACAUGCCUCACUUAGCUUUGACAGUUAUACAAAAGACAACCCGGUAGUAUUUGAUUUUACCAACAAACCAAGCUUUAAUUUUGACUAUGCCGUGGACUUUGGAAACGGAGUUUUGAGAGAGAGCACGGACACAGUCCUAAAUGAACCAUACAACAUUCAGCCGUUUCCCCAUACUUACAACGAUUCUGGAGUCUAUAACAUUACAUCUACCAUUUGCAACGAAUGCACUUGCACUACGAACAGUUACACCAUCAAUAAAUUUUCUGGUAUUACUUUGUUUGAUGUAGCCAAUGGAGGCUCUGAUGUUGUCCAUUUACCAAACGGUGGACAAUCAACAAUAAAUUUAAUCUAUGAUACACAAGAUGCUUCUGCUACUUAUUCAUUAACUGCGGAUAUUACAUCUGAGACAAUGCUGGACACAACAGCGGCUUCUAUUGUGGAAAGUAACAAAACAGUGACGUUUAUCAUGUCUUCUUCAUCCAUGAAUACUCUUCAAUAUGGACAAUACGAAUUGAUUUUAUACCUGAAACAGACAAUUAGCAAUUUCUCUGAUACAGUCUCCAAGAAAUUGUUAUUAGGUUAUGAAGAGGCAAUAACAACUACUCAGGUUUUUGUUUCUCCGCAUUUGGUUGUGGAUGAAAUCUCUUUCUUUCAUGCUACUUUGGAUGGAUCUAACGUCGUCACUGAAUGGUUUAUUAACACAAACACCUCAUAUAUCUAUAAGCAUGAAGGCACAGGACAGCGAACGAUAACAGUAAAUUUCACAAUUUCAGUCGGAGGCCCUGUCAAUGUCACUGUAAUUGCUGCUAAUUUUGUAUCAAGAAAAAUAAACUACACGAUGACAAAAGCGCUUCACAGAAUCCAUGGGAUGACCAUGAAGGCUCCUGUAACUCUCCUGGAAACCAGACAAUUAGUAACCUUCAAUUUAACACUUGAUUCGUUGGCCUUGCAGCCCCAAGGUGAAAUGAAUAUUACCAUAGAUUAUGAUGAUGGGUCCAGUUUUGAAACAUAUCAUGUAUAUGGGGAAUCGACAUUAACAUCAAUGCAAACGAAUGGAUUUCAGUUUGAUCACACCUUUAAUAAACAAGGCAACUAUACCGUCAAGGCAACACUUGAAACGGAAGUUGAUUUAAAAUUGUACACAACAAUAAUAUACAUUUGGGACAAACUUGAUAAUGUUAGCUUACUCUGCAAUAAAUUCUAUGCUAAGGUAAAAGAGGAAAUAACAUUAUCUUUUUCCAAUGUUCCUAAUUCAAAUUUUCAGUAUUUAAUCGAGUAUGACGAUGGAACGAUCAGACAGAACAACGCAAGUGAGCUUUUUUGGGAUCCCUGGCCUUUGCCUUUAUGGAAAAAAGCUUAUAGUUCACCUAGUAUAUACAACGUGAGGGCAAGGAUGUUUAAUCCAUUCUACACCAAGUCUGUGACACUGGUCAUCAAAGUAGAACAUCCAAUAUUACCAAACGAAUUUACACUAACCCCAGUAGAGGAAGAGAUACCCAUACCAGAUGGAACGCAAACAUUCACACUGAGCUACAACAGCACUCAACCGCCUCCAACAGAUGUAUUCUGUACUUUCAACUUUGGAGAUGGUUACCUGGAGGCCAAUGUUUCCUCAGUCAUUACGAGAUAUAAUCCUAUUGUGAAAACACAUACUUAUACAUCUAGUGGUGUAUAUAGUGUUCUUUUUUCCUGUUUUAAUCAUAUAAGCUCUAUGAACAAGUCUUCAAGUUUAACUGUUCAAUCAUUCGUAUUGUCCGAUUUUAUAAUCGAUUAUGGAAACAAACUAAAACUGAUGAAUAUGACGAAAGUUCCAUUUACACCAAACGAAACUUACAGACAUACAGCAAUAUCUAAACCGUUGCCAGUGGAUGUCAAAUUCCGCAUAUUUUUGAAAAAUUGUUCAAAAAUGCCAAAUAAUAUAAUUGUAGAAUGGAACUUUGACGACGGAGUUAUUGGUGCAGGUCCACAAAGGUCUUUUUUUAAAACACACAAAUUUACUCAAAGGAAGAAUCAUUCCAUGGUUUUUACGUUUAAAAAUACUAUAGAUAACACAGAAUAUUCAUUUCAUUAUUGGAUUCAGAUGGGAAUCGUCCAAUUCACGGCGGAUAGACAGUCCGGUAUAAUUUCUCAAACAACAUUUCAGCUGUCUGCUUUCGGAAUGAAUAGUGCAACAAAUAUGUUCGAUCCCGACUCUAAACAGGUUACAAUGCACAACGAUGCAAAUAUAGCCUACGUCACUUACAUGUCUUAUGGAACAUUUCUCCCAAGUGUGAUUGUACAAAAUGAUACCAUGGUGGAGGAGGUGUGCUUACAGGUGCCAAUAAAAGUAGAUUAUGUUAUACAAAACAAAUUGUCACUUUCUGUUCCUAAUGCAACAGUCCUUUUACCACCCGGUGACGUAGAAAUUACAAUUACGCCAGUACAGCCUUUUCCAUUUGUUACGUGUUCUUUUACAUCGGGAGAUCUGAUUGAUAAAAAAGAACAUUCCAAAACAGCAAACAUAACUCCGUCAGAACCAAUGAUUAUUAGGUAUAAGUAUCAAACUUUGGGAAAGCAUAAUUUAACAUUCCAUUGUUCAAAUUAUGCUGAAGAAUUGAUUUUUGAUAUUGCAACUUUAUACGUUCAUAAUCCUUGUUUCUCUAAUCAUGGAAUAUUUGAUCGGAACUACGCUACUUACGAAAAUCCAAUGAAAGCAUAUACGUCCAGAGAUGUUUUUGUUUCAAGCAGAAUGCAAGUUAUAUGUAUUGGAAAAACAGCAGGGUUUCAGUGGGAUAUGUUUAGAUGUUUAAAUGAAACUAACAAACCAGUUUUCAAUUACGUUAGUCCAAUGAGUCCUUUACAAGGUACAAAUGUUUAUGAGCAUGGAAAAAUUCCACCAGGCAUCUAUCACAUCACAUUAAAUGUUUCACUUGAAGGGACAUGGCUUAAGGAAAAUAUGUUUAUUUCGUUUAUAAAACCUCCACCGUAUGCGUUCAUCAUAGGUGGAACAAAGAUAGCUGCGAAAAUCAACGAAGAGACGAUAGGGGUUGAUGCCUUAACAGGAUCCUAUGAUGCAGCCAAGGGAUAUGGAAAUAAUGAAGACCUUACAUUUACUUUCCAGUGUGAAGCCUUUCCGUCCAAUGAUUUCAAAGAAAUAGAGGAUUCUUUCAACGACAAAACCAAAAGCAAGGACUUGUGUACUCUGACUGGAAAUGAAAGAGGAAAGCGUAUACUAAACAUAACGACAGCGAAUGGUUACGCAGUCACUGUGAAUGUCAGUGAUGGUCAAAAGUUCUCCUCUUUUACACAGUUUCUCAGUAUCCUUCCGGGAAAUCCUCCUGACGUCAUUUUGGUCUGCAGUAUAAACUGUGCCGAAAAAUACGCCAUAACAUCGAAGAUGAAUGUUUACGCUCAGUGCCGGGACUGUGCGCCCGAUGAAACGCUUCUAUUCUCUUGGAAGCUCAUGAAAGUGACGAGUGGGACAGAAGAAAUAGUUGAUAAUUUUGAGGACUUAACAGCAACAGGACUUAACACAGCAACGAUGGUUAUUAAAGAAAAUUCAUUUGAGUCCGGGAAUCGCUAUAUUUUGCAACUCAAUGUGUCCUCUACGGCAGCAAAACGAAUGGGGUUCAGUAUUGUUGCAAUGGAUAUUCGGACCAACUAUCCACCAUACAACGGCAACUGCAAAGUCGAACCAGAUGAAGGAAGGGCUAUGAACGAUUCCUUUGAUGUGCUUUGUGAGGACUGGGUCGAUGAGGGAUCCAGUGAGUCACGUGACAUUUCAAAAGACAAAGAUGCUCAGGAACCAUUGGUAUAUCUCUACGAAGUACUGACUAAUUCAAGCGAUCCAGUAACAAAACGUGAAAUUUACAGAGGAGGAGAAAGUUCUGCCAUCAAUAUGCAACUACCUCUCGGACUAAAAGAACUUAACUAUACACUGGAAAUAAGAGUAUACAUAUUUGAUCGAUUCGGGGAUGCCAAUACGACAACUACUUACGUCAGGGUCAGACCUCUAGAAAACAUACUUCCUAAAGAUGACAAAGACACAGCAGGCUUAAACAAACUUUUUGAUUCCUUCACAAAUCUUCUAAAUACAACGGAAGCUGGAGGGAAUGAUAUGGCAGUUGUUAGGCUUGUAAGUUCAGCCCUGUCGUAUUUCCAACAGGAAACGAAUGAGCCAGACAUCUCAGAUAAAAAUGAAGAGGGACAGGGAAAUCUAGUGGACAUCGAAGAGGAACCCGAGGAAGAGCCUAUAACUCCUGUGGUUAAGUUGUAUCAAGAGAAAGCCAAAGAAAUGGCUGGAGUCUUACUAAAAUCUGUAUCAUCCGAAAACAACACUAAAGUAUUCAAUCCCACUGACGCCCAGCAGAUAGCUGGUACUUUGAUGUCCGUCUCCAGUAAUUCUAAGUACAUCACAACAGAAAGUGCAGAAAAAUCAACUAAAGUAGCACAGACAAUAAUGGAAAGCGUAGUUAAAAAUGCAGAAGUAGUCCCGUUUCCCGUGGAGAGUAUCAAAAGUAUAGAGGGGGCUGUCACUAGUACUCUAACAUCCCUUGACAAAUUUAUCGAUUCACUGAUCCCCGAAGAAGUAUAUAGUCUUGACGAAGAAAUAUCGGAGGAAUCAGUAUACGAAGAGCUUGUAAAGGAGCAUAAAAGAAAUUCGCAACUUGAAGACCCUUCGAUUAAAAUGGAUCCUGUUGAUUUGAGAGAAAAAGCCAGGAAACGCUUUGCAAAGAUAAAAAAGAGAAUUGAAAAGCAAAGAGAAAUGGCUAAAUUUGCAAAGAAGACGGCAAAACUAAUCGAGAAAGCUUUAAGGGAUAUGGAAAAGAUCUCAUUAUUGCAACAAGAAGUAGGAGAAGGAGUUAAAACACUUCACCGCGGAGAUAUUAUUGUGGUGACAGAAAAGACCACGCUAGCUGAUGUUUUACUAAAGAACCAGUCCGAGUAUCAAGGUAUUCAACUGGAAAUAGUUGAAGAAAAUGUCAAUGUAUUAGAUACAAUCAACAAAACAACAUCAUUCUGGAACAACUCAGAAACAACCGAAAUGACGACUCCAAUGGAUGUUACAGGGUCGGAACCAACAGCAAUAUCAUCAAUAAAACCAUUAUCAACAACAUCAAUGACAACUGCAAACAACACCAUACUUUCAUUGUUAAACAUAACAUUAACUGAAACUACAACAGGAUCAUCAAUAAAGCCAUUAUCAAUAUCAUUACUGACAACUACAAACACGACCAUGCUUCCAUCGCUAAACACAACAUUAACUGAAACUACACCAGGAUCAUCAAUAAAGCCGUUGUCAACGUCAUUGCUGACAACAACUACAAACACGACCAUGCUUCCAUUGCUAAACACAACAUUAACUGAAACUACACCAGGAUCAUCAAUAAAGCCGUUGUCAACAUCAUUACUGACAACAAUUACAAACACGACCAUGCUUCCAUUGCUAAACACAACAUUUAUUGAAACUACAACAAAUUUAUCAACUGUCUCUGAGCUUCUGAAUGAGACACUGAGUGCCACCGUUUCACCUUUAUUGAAUUCCUCCGAUGCAAAAACGUCUUCAUUGACAAAUGCAAAUUCUGUUGUUAAAAUGCAGGUGUCUGUCAUCAAGAAAAACCCCUACAUGUAUGGAAAUGGUUCAUCCGGGAUAACAUCCUCAGUAAUUUCUGUCAAUACAGAUGGAAAAGUAGCCCCGAUUAUUAAAUUCAAAAAUAAGAAUUCAUAUCGUUAUUUGCAACGAUACACCCCAAAGACAAUUCCAAAAGAUCCAGAAAGAUUCUUCUAUUUUAAUACGGAAGUUAAACAUGAAGACGAUACCAUCAUGUUAUACUUUAAACCAGAAAAUAUUGACAUCAACAGCAAAAACCUAACUUUAUACACAGUUUUUGUCAGCAAAACAAAUUACCCAAGAGAAGCUGAAGAAAAGCAUGACUGGAAAAGACUAUUAUCUGUCCGGGACUGGACGGAGAACGGGUUCAGACUUGUCAUUCCACCCAAUACAUGUAUCAAAGGGACCUGUUUUAUUGGUUUGCAACCUGUUGAAGCAAAGACAGAAACAAAAUCAAGAAAAAGAAGGGCUGUGGACAACACUAUAAAUGAGACAACCACAAUGGUUUUAACAUCUGCUAAAACAGAUGCUACUACGCAGGAACCAGAUCUACCAGACUUCAAUCCGUCCGUUGCUAAUUUUUCUUUAGCCAUAGCGACCACUGCCUGUCGGACAUGGGAUGAAGAAGAAGAAGCUUGGGUGUCCACUGGAUGCACGGUUCUAGAUACAAGCACUUUGGAAGAGACAAACUGUCGAUGCCAGAAGACAAAAUCUAGUGGAUCCAUAUUUGCCACUACGUUUUACGUGCCUCCUAACGUUAUACACUGGGAUGUCGUCUGGAGCAGGAUGGAUCCUGAGAAUGCUGCAGUAUAUGGCACUCUGAUUGGUCUCUUCAUCAUAGCAAUCAUCUUAUUCGUGUUCCUAAGAAAAAAGGAUAAGCUGGAUCUAGAAAAGUGGACUGUCAAUUUCUUGGCGGACAGUGAUGCUUCAGACAAAUAUUUCUAUUUGAUAUCCGUUCAUACCGGCAUGAGGAGAGGUGCAGGUACAAAGUCUAACGUCAGCUUUGUUUUGAUGGGUGAGGAACUUAACACCGAGGUUCGCCAGCUCACAGACGGAAUUUCGGAGGGAUUCCAAACGUCAAGCAUCAAACAUUUUUUCAUGGGAACAGAAUUUUCACUCGGUGAUUUAACUUGCUUACAAAUAUCGCACGACAACGCAGGGUCAGGGGAUUUUCAGAGCUGGUACCUGAACAAAGUCGUCAUUGAUGAUGUGCAAACACGCAAAAGAUACGUUUUCCUUUGUGAGCGAUGGCUGUCCCUAGAUCACGAUGAUAGUGCGGUGGAAUAUACCAUUCCUGUUUGUGAACAAGAAAGUCUUCUCUCGUUUAUUAAUCUGUUUUCCCAGCAUGCACAAAAGAGCGUCACUGAAAACCAUCUCUGGUUGUCAAUAUUCAUCAGACCAGAACGAAGCAACUUCACGAGAGUACAAAGGCUUGUUUGCCUUACAUCAUUUUUGUUCCUAGCCAUGCUUACAAAUGCCAUAUUCUUCAAAUCCUCCGAAGAGGAACAAGAUGUUGGUGAAAUCAAAAUUGGACAUCUGAGGUUUUCUAUGACCAAUCUAAUCAUCUCGAUCCAAAGUAUUGCAAUCACUACCUUUCCUAUUAUAUUUGUUGUAUUAAUCUACAGGAAGAGUCGUCAAAAGCAAAUGAUCAAUCAUAAAGAUAAAUAUAAAGUUGAACAAUUAAAUGAAAAUAUUUCAAAAGCCAUGGAGAUGAACAAAAACUCUGCAAGUGAAGAUUCUUCUUUGGACGAUCCAUUUCUAAGAAAUCGUCUGCCAUUGCCGCACUGGACAGUUUAUAUAGCGUGGACAGUAAACAUACUUGCCAUUUUAGGAUCUACGUUUUACCUAUUUUUGAUAAGCAUGCAGUGGGGAAAAGCAAAAUCAGCAGACUGGCUUACGACCUUUGUUUUAAACUUCUUGGAAUCCUUUUUCAUUGUUGAUCCUCUAAAGGUAAUGUUAGUUGCUGUUAUAUUAGCUCUACUCUUCAAAAGGUCUCCAGAUGGCGAGGUACCUUCAGUGUCUGUUGAAGAACUCAAGAAAACAGUUUCUCUAUUUAAAGGAGGAGUCAAAAGAAGUGACAUUGUUUUUCUCCACGACUUGAUGAAACCAAAUGUAGAAAAUACCCAAAAUAACAUGCAGAAGUUGAAAGAAAAAAGGAAACAGGAAAUGCACGCAAAAGAGGCCUUAUUCACCUUAUUCUUUUACGCUUUAUUCAUUUUCAUAAUGUAUAGCAUCAGUUUCAUUGAAAGAGACCAGAGGUCGUAUCAUUUAAAGACGAACAUACACAAUUAUUUAUUCCAAGAAACAAAGUCAAAGAUGAACAAAACGGAAGAUUUUUAUAAUUGGAUGGAUACAGUUUUUAUCCCUAUUUACUAUCCAACAAAGAAUUAUGCAAAUUUGAAUUUAAAUUCUAUUGAUAAAAUGUGGUUUGGAGAUAUGGCUAAUAUACGAGUUGGUCCCGGUCGGAUUCGACAAGUUAGAAUGAAGAAAGUUGAAUGCGACUACUAUAAGCUGACUUGGUCCCACGUUUGUGUUGAAAUGUACAACGAAUAUGAGGAGGAUGAAGACAAAUAUUGUGUGGGAUGGACUACGUACAACGCGUCAGUUUGUGAGACAUUAGCUUACAAAAAUAGUGAAAUCACUGCAGAUGCAUGGAAGUUCACAAAAUCCAGUGAUAUUUGGGGAUCUCCUUUUAUGGGAGAAUAUGCCACGUAUGGCGGUGGAGGAUACAUCCUUAAGUUUACUAAAAACCUUGAAACAGCGAAAAUGAUGAUUGAUGAAAUUAGAAAACAUAAUUGGAUUGACAGGGGUACAAGAGCCAUUUUUGUUGAGUUCACUUUAUACAAUGGAAACACUCACUUGUUUACUUAUAUUACCUUUAGCAGUGAAACAACUGAAACAGGUGGAGUGUUUAACUGGGUUGAAAUUAGACCUUUUCGACCGCUUCUUUCUUUAGAUAGUUUAGGAACAUAUUCACUUGCUUGUUAUAUAAUGUUCUUUAUUUAUCAAAUUGCGCUAACAGUUCAAACGGUGAGGGUCAUUCGAAAAGAAGGCAUUUGGCUUUUUUUAAAGAUGACAUGGAAUAUUGUUGAUUCAGUUUGUUUGGUGCUUGGAUACUCAGCAAUUGGAAUAUAUGUAACAAGAAUGUCAUAUGCUAAUAAGGCAAUGGACAUCUUUUAUGAUGAUUUAGGAAAUUAUGGUGAAGACCGAUUUGUAAACUUUAAUCAUAUUGUCAUCUGGGACCAAACCUACAACGCAGUUGUAGCAGUGCUUGUUUUUACAGCAACGUUGAGAAUUAUCAGGAUUAUGGGAUAUAAUAAGAAAUUUACUGAAAUUGUAUCUGUUAUAACGGGGGCAGCAAAUGAGUUAAUCAGUUUUGGAAUUGUGUUUGUGAUCAUCUUCUCAGGUUUUGUUAUAAGCGGUUAUCUUUUGUUCGGAAGAAAUUUAAUGGAAUAUCAAAGCAUAUUUCAGGCCUGGACAACGCUUACAAAUGCCCUAAUAGGAAAGAACUCUCUCCAGCGCAUGUCACUUGCUGCACCAUAUUUUGCACAGGUGUACUAUUUUACCUAUGUCUUGUUUGUGAUAUUUACUCUUAUUACUGUAUUUGCCGCCAUUCUGAAUACAAGUAUUUCCCAUGUUCGCCAAGAAACUGCACAGCUUGGGGAUAUAUAUGGAAUUUUUGACAUGUUAAAGAAGUCAGUUAGGACCGUUUUUGGCGUGAUCAUGAAAGAAAAAAAGAAGUCAAAAGAAUCGCAAGAUAGAGAGGAAAUCCGACUGAAAGCCCGAAUGUUUUCGCAAAUUGAUGCCUCAAACAUAUUGAAACUUAUCCGAGACGUUUUCGAUGAUUUCCCAGCAACAAAGGAAUUCACAGAUACACCAAUGGGGGACGAGAGAGAAUUUUCAACACUGUUUAGAAAAACUCAGAGAUUCGACAGAGAAAUUUUUCCUCGCGUGGAGACUCCAGGGAAUAUUCUGAUUUCACUUGAUACUGAAAAUAGAAAAAAGAAAUUGCCUCAGCCUUACUUUGUGUUCUAAAACUAUAUCAUUCAACGAUAUUUGAAGUAAAAAUAUAAUAAUUUAUCCCCAAUUUUAAUUUUAUGAAGGCAUGCAUGUAGAUGCUUUUUAGUAGAACAUGAGGGAAAAUGUACUGUCCUCAGCGAUUUGGACACCUUAAGAACUGGGG